AUCUAGCUCCUGUAGCCAGAAAGCAGCGAGCGAGCGAUCCAUGUCGGGGGUAUGGGUGUUUGAGGACGGGAUCGUGCGGCGGGCGGACAGCGACUCGCCCGGCGCCGGCGGGUCGCGGCCCAACAAGGUGCUGGUGCAUGUGCCGAGCGGCGAGGUGGUGACAUCGUACGACGUGCUGGAGCGGCGGCUGCGCGAGCUGGGGUGGGAGCGGUACCUCUACGACCCCUGCCUGCUACAGUUCCACCAGCGCUCGACCGUGCACCUCAUCUCCGUGCCCCGCGACUUCGCCCGCCUCAAGCUCGUCCACAUGUACGACGUCGUCGUCAAGACACGCAACGUCUUCGAGGUCCGCGACGCCCCCGCCUGAGCCUGCCUGUCGCACCUUGCCGCCGCUGCAUGCCUCCGCCGCCUCCGUCCUCGCCGGAGCGUGGCUGGCCUGCCGCCGUUUCGGCGUACUACGUAUGUAUUGUAUGUUUGUGCGAGUAAAGUAGAAGAGUACGUGCGAUGUGGCGGCGCGCGCUCGUGGGCAGGUUUGCAUGGUAUCCUACGUAGUUUGGCGCCAAUUAAAUAUGAAGAGCGCACUGCGGUAUACAUAUGUCUGGUUUCGAGGAGUGUUUUCUUUCAGAAAGGGAUUGUACAUAAUAUGGUGAUGUACGGUUUGUCAUAAAGCUUGGUUGAUCCAUUCCGUGUCACGAAUAAAUCCAUUCUUGUGUUCU